AUGGUUCUCAUCUCGCUCUUGGUCUUGGAAGCGGAAUUAUUGAAGUUGCGGACAUCGACCACCAACGCACAAUCUUUCACAUCCAAUGCAAUCCCCCCAAGCCCCCAGUUUGGAUAGAGUUUAUCUGUGGUGGUAAUGUCGAGAUUGCCACCGAGGACACUGAUGGAAACAUCUCCAUUCUGAGUCAUGGCACUCCCUCGAAAUCAAGAUGGUAAUUGGUAUGGAAAGGUGGCACUCUUGUGUUUUUCAGGAGAGCCAUCCACUCGGUUUCUUGCAUCUCCUCAUACUCCUUCCGAUCCCCAGCCUCCUCAACCCGAUUACCAUUUAUCCUCUCCUCCACGUCACACAGCUGGAUUCUCUCCUGGAGGUCGUUAUGUAGGCGCUUUCGACAUGAACUAUGCUUUUGUCUGGUCAACGGGUACAUGCGAGGUGAUUGCUCAAUAUCGCGUGCAAGAUUUCAGAUUUCAGAUUUUCAAUACUGGUCAUGUACCUCCUCUCUCAUAUCUUGUUCCUACGCCUGUACUUGGUGACCAUGUCGUUCAUUCGAUUCCGGAAAAGAUUGCAACUCAUGUACAAGGUUCCGAGCCAGAUCCCAGACAUCACAUGGAUGAAUCCUGGCUGAAAUGUCCCUUCUAUGACCUCUCGCCAAACAUGGGGGAAGACUUCGGGCAUAAAAAAGAUGCUAUGCUCUUUUCCCCAGUGAUAGGGGAGGCCCCAUUAAUUAUCGCUGACGGCUUCGGUACUUUGGGUGCACAGGUCUCGUUUGAUGGAAAAGUCGAACUCAUUGUCCACCCCAAGUACAACCCAGUCUUUGAACAAUCACAUCCCUCCAGCAAGAACGAAUUCUGGUAUGGUGAUCAUGUGUUUUGGGAUUGGGAGACAUCCCUUCCAUUUUACCUUCCUCGGGCCAGCAAGGAUGGACGUCGAUUUCUGCUCCAGGGCAAACUGAGAGCUCCGGUGGUCAUCGAUAUCAGAAAAGUCGUUUAGUGCCUCAAAUACACGUCCAUAAUUUCUCUCCUUAACUGCCUUCCAAUUCACAGAGUAUUGAAUCGGGAAUUGUGAUACUUGAUUGUUGUUG